GUGGCGCUGCGGCGCGGGUUGCCCGGCCCGGCUUCAGUCGGCGGCCGACGCUCGGCGUGAGGAGCCGUGUUUUCCCAACGUCGGGCAGCAAGGCCGCAGCUGCGGACCCGCGGCGAAGGCGCGAUGCCGGGGCUGGGGCCGGACCAGGCCCGGCGGCAGAGCCAGGCUCCACUGGUGCUGCAGAGAAAGUGGCUGGGCCUCGGGCUGCUACUGCUGGCCUGCCUCUUGCUCCAACUGCUGCUCAACAUCUGGUUGCUAUGCGCCUGGGUGCUGCUGCUGUUGCUAGGGGGGUGGCUAGGGUCGCAGCUGGUGCUCAGUCCCUCCAGCCUGGUGCAUCUGGAGAGGUUCCUCAGCCUGGAGCCCUGGCCCAUCCAGCCCAACUCCCGGCAGCGUCUAGCCCUGGAGGUGGAGGGCACCAUCAGCAAGAUCAUCAGGGACUUUGUCAGCUGCUGGUACCAGACAGUGAGUCAGGAGCCAGAGUUUGUAGAGGAGGUGCAGGCUGCCAUGCGUGCCAUGGCACUGGAACUGCAGAAGAGGAUGGAGGGGGUGGACAGGAAAGCGCUGGCACAGAAUGUGCUCCUGCUCUCCGGCUGCCACCUGGAGGUGUACAUGAGGGCAAAGAGGGCAACCUGUGAGAGGACCGCCCGCCAAGAUGCUCACUCCACGUGGAAGACAUAUUGCAAACUGUGCCAGCCUCAUAUUGCCUUGCAGAGCCCGGCAACUGAAGCGAACUACGCACGGGGCAUUGUUGAUUUGCUGCUGCAUGUACUGGUGCCCUUUCCCAACCUAGAAACACGGACUGGGAGGUUUGUCGUGAGGGAGCUGAUCAUGUGCAAUGUGCUUCUGCCCCUUAUAAGAAAAAUGUCAGACCCAGAUUGGAUAAAUGGUAUAAUAAUAGAAAUAUUCACAAAGUCCAGCAAAAAGACUGUUGAUGUGAUGGAGGAGCCUCUGCCUUUGGAGGUACCAACUUCCCUACUCUUGAAACCCCCAAAAGAGACAGUUGAUGAAAGGUUACCAUCUCCGAAAGUUACCGAUUCUCUCAGUAAUGAUGUUGUUGAUAGUUUGGAACCUAAUAUGGAGGAGACUAUUGCAUCCGAAGAUGGGAUUGUGAUUAAAUCAAAUGAUAAAGUUGAUAAAUCUUCGGAAAAUAUAAGCUGUCGCUCUGAUUACCAAAGACCGGAUAAAUUAAACCUUUUCUAUUCAUGUGAGGAAUUUGAACCGGAAUCUCCCCUUUCUGUUAUGAGAAAAGAUUCCGCUGAAUCUUUAAUAUUGUUGAUGACUGAUGAACUGGCUGUGGACAGGUUGUCUCCAACAGAAUUAACUAAUGCUUCAGAUGCAGCAGAAGAUGCAAGCAGUGACGAACUAGUCAUUGGAGAAUCCACACUUUUGGAUGCAGAUGCUAUCUUGCCCACGUUUGACCAAAAUCCAAUUUCUCCGGGGCUUGAGCAUGUUGUCAAUGACAGUGAUGUGAAAGAAGAGACUUUAGCUAAAUUAGAGAAUUCCACAUCCGCUCUGGCUCAGGAGACUAUCCGGAUUCUUUCCAGACGACAUUCAUUUCAGGAAAAGGAACCUGUUCCAGCAGAUGGUUCAACCUGCAACUCCUUAGAGGUUGUGUCUACAGCGCUUACACAGACAUCAUCUCCUACAUCAGUGAGUCUGCCCAGUUACAGCUUUGAACCAAUUUGCAGUCCGGAUACACCCGUGGUAAUUCACAAUCUACGGAUCAGUGGAACAAUCACAGCAAAAGAACACAGAGGAGGGGGAUUUCAUCCUUACACAUUAUAUACUAUCAAGUAUGAGACAGCACUGGACACUGACAAUCCUGGAACCCUCCAGCAGGUGGCAUAUCACACAGUUAAUCGACGCUACAGCGAGUUCCUGAAUUUGCAAACCAGGCUGGAGGAAAAGACAGAACUUCGUAAGAUCAUCAAAAAUAUCAAAGGACCAAAGAAACUAUUUCCAGAUUUGCCAUUUGGAAAUAUGGACACUGAUAAAGUUGAGGCUCGAAAAAGUCUCCUUGAGACAUUUCUGAAGCAACUUUGUGCCAUUCCGGAAAGUGCGUACUCUGAGGAGAUGCAGGAAUUCCUGGCCCUCAACACUGAUGCCAGGAUUGCUUUUGUGAAGAAGUCCUUUGUGUCCAGGAUUGACAAGAUUGUCGUUAGUGCAAUUGUGGAUACAUUGAAGACAGCAUUCCCCCGAACAGACCCUCAGAGUCCUACUGAGGAAUUGGGAGAGUGCGAAGCAGAUUGCAAGUUCCAAGGAGAUGGAAAGAAAGCCAACAAAUCCCGUCUAAGGUUUGCCUCCAGUAAGAUUGCUCCGGUACUAAGUGUUGGAGACAUUCAAGCAAAAAUCACAUACUGCUACAAUGAAAAUGCUUUAUCCGAAGGUCUUUGCGUAGCAGGUAUGGAGGACUUCAUCCUGGAACAGGGAAAGCUACUGGGAAGAACGCACCUGAAUGUGAAGGGAAAAGUGUCCAAAGGGGAUGCAUUUAAAGAACAUAAUUACUCAGACAAGAAGCUGAAAAGCAGUGAGCCAUCUUCCAACCAGCAAUUUAAUUGUGAGGAUUCUGAAACAGUCUUGGCAGAUAUAGCACUGGAUCUCCUGUGCUUAUUGAUGAAAGACCACUGGAGCUGGGUGUGUAGUGAGAACAUGCAAAAGUUUAUACGACUGCUGUGCGGGACCCUGAUAGAAAGGUGGCUUGAAGUUCAGAUUAUUAACCUGACGAGCACUCAAUACUGGGUUGUAUACCUCAAGCUUUUACAAGAGGCUAUCUGGCCUGGAGGAGCUUUACCUAAAUAUCCAAAACCUGCUCGAACUCAAGAGCAGAAAAUGCAGACCCAGGAGCUGGCCUUACAAUGUCUCAUGAAGAUGCUACCAGCUCUGAUUCCUGAGGUUCUUGGUGAAGAAGGUUAUGAGAAAAGUUGGCAACUAGUUCUGGAAUCUCUGCAGGAUCCUGUGAUAAACAGACAUCUGGUCUACUGCAUGUGGGAUCUCCUGCUUGACUUCCUAAUCCCAGAAGCUUCCAACGAGGAGUUCCAAAAGUCUCUAUUGACCUCUGCUUCAGGAAGCUCAGAGAAAAUGCUGGGAUGAGCCAAGAACCAUCUCCACCCAUCAACUGAAUACAAAGGAAGUGUAUCUCAAGAAUAUUGCUGGGAUGUUGUGAAAAGAGAUCAGAUAAAGGUCGUUUUGCACAAGUGGAUGCAAGAUCAAUUCUGAGUCUAAAUUCUUUACAUUUCAACAUUAGUUUCAUAGUAAAAUGAAUGCACUAAAUAAUGAGCUAUUUAUUGAAAAUGUAAUGCAUGUUAGAAAUUAUCUGGCACUGCGCUCAGCUUUGUUCAUCAGAGAAGAUCUGGAAGGGUUAUUUUACACUGUAUUGGCCUUCUUCAGUGGAUAAAAUGUGUACAGAGAAAUCAAGAUCAUUGUAACGUUUAACGUGCAAUACUGUUAAAACUAACACGACUCAAAUAGGUGAGUUUUAAAUGGCUUUACAUUCAUCAGAAGCCAACACCUCGGAGGUAGGUGUAUACAGCAGUCUUCUCAAUCAUUCCUUCUCACAUUUCAUCCACGUAAAUGACUAAGCUGCUUUAUUAUGGUUGUGCUGCCAAGACCAGACCCUAUAAAUGCACUAAUUUAAAAUAUUUAUUCAAACAUUCCUAAAACCAGUGCUUUUUCUGCAAUGGUACAUGCUGGUAUAAAGUAUCUCUUAAGAAGUCAAACGUCAUUAUUUUUGUUUUCCAGUCAUGUGACACGCAUGUUUGUUAAUCGUGCGUACUGGCAACUUUUUAUCUACAAAAAGCACUGCCUAAAACAGAAAUACUAGCACAAUGUGCACUUACUGUUUAGCACUUUUUGGGGUACCAGGUCCAUGAAAUUCUUCAGAAUUAUUUUAUUUCGAUUACACAAAUGUGGAAGACAUUCUCUUUUCAUGUUAAAUGGGUUUCCGCUGCACCUUUAGCUGGGGAACUCAUUGAAGGAUUUUUAAAAUUAUGACCCAAGCAAAAAGAAAAAAAUGUGAAGCUGCAAUCCAUACUUAGUACAACAUGGUGACUAAGAGCUAUUCCUUGUUGUCUGUCACAGUUUGGCCUCGGAUAGAACAGAAGUCACCAAUCUUAGCUUUGUUUUAAUCCAGAUAUAGUUGUUCAGAGGCAACCUAUUUAAUUGUCACAUAUUUUUUAAUUUGUUGAAUCAUUUGAGCAACGCGCAUGUUUGGCCAUUGAGAGAAGCUGUAGUAUGAGAACUACUGCUUGCAGGUGUGUAACUGAUGUGAAAUGGCAAUGCUGGAAAUACUCAGCAGCACCAUUAAUGUUUCCAUUCAGUGUCCUUUCUCCACAGUCUGACUGCUGAGUGUCUACAGCAGUUAACAUUUUUAUUAUACGUUUUGAGCAUUUGCAAUGUUUCUGUGAAUUUGAUAUUUAAUUAGCGGCUUUUAAAAGUGUAUAAGAAAAAUUGUAUUUUCCAUCUCAAUUAUUAUUCUAAUGCAGGUUAAUUAUUUAUCAACCUGUGCUGCAGUUUCCUCAUUCCAAGGUUGACAUUUGUAAAUAAUAACUAAUACAGAGCAAGAUAUGCUUCCUGUCAGGAUAAAACACAGUGCUGUAACUAUUUGAUCUUGUCCCUCUCUUCCAUCUGCUGCUAUGUCCAUCUGCUGUGGUGGUGAAUUGUUGGGUGUUACUUAAUGCAAACUGAAUUAUCUUGAAAAUAGAAAAGGUGCCUCAACCCAUUCUGCAUUAGAUAUUAAAUAUUGUCUUUUUAGCUUGUAUGAAAGUCCGUCUUCUAUGGACAUAGACUGAAAUAAGGAACAGAAUCAAAGCACAAAUACAAAGUUGCACCUUCCAUUAAAUUCUCUGUUCAUCAUUUUCCUCUACCUAACUGUGCCUGCCAUUUUCUUUAGAAACAGAGCAGACUUUGAGAGUUUUGCUUAAUUUAAGUGUUAUGUUGAAUAACCAAACAGUUAUGGAGCUAGACUACCAAUUCCUGUAAGCUUCUUCUGGGAUCUUAAGCACGUGCUAAAUCCAGGGGUUUCAUGCUUGUAAAGAAACACACAUUCCAAAUUGUGGAAAUUUAGUUCUCUUUCACACUAAUACCCCAAUAGACACAACUGGGACUCCCAUGCACAAUAAAUCCACGUACCCAAACUCAGGAAAUUCAAGUUGAUCCUGUCUCCCCCAGAUUCUCACCUGCUCCAUUUCCUAAUUCCUAGCCUUUCCAGACCUUUUCAUCACUCAUGCAGAGUCAGAUACAGCCGUAAAUUUUCUGAGCUGGAGGAUUAAUUAUUAUUAAAAGACUAAAUGUCUAAACCUCUUUCAGGGAACAACCUGUUCUAGCUAUUAAGGUGGUACAAGAGUUGUUACUCCUUAUAUAUGUAGUCCCUAAGGUUGAUCUCAACAAGAAGUAGUUUCAUAUAUCAGUGCAGCUAAUCAUAAGCUUUAUAUGAUUAAUGUGAAAAGCAGCAGGAGCCAGACAUAAUUGGAUCAAGGGCAGGAUUGGCCCAAAUAAUCUGUAUUGCUUGUUGCAUUCUCUUUCCCAUUCUCAAUUCAAUGGUUCAAUGGUAUUUUAUUGUUACAUGUGCGUGGGUACAGUGAAAUUCUUUUUUUGCAUACAAUUCAGUAAAAAUAAUAUGAUACAUAGGCACAAUUAUGCACAAAUACAAGAGUGUAAGAAUAGUAGAUUUUGUUGAGGCAGUACACAAGAGUCACCACAUUUUCAGAGCCAUCUUGUACCCUUCAAGUUCAAAGUAGCUACAAAUGAUAGAGUCUUAACCUGGCCAUAAAGACCCAAUGUCCUGGUGGCGGCACUGCAGGGUCGACCUGGCCUGGCCCGGCCCGGCGAUUUUGCUGGUGUCCUCCACCGCCACUCCGUGCCUUUGCAGGCCGUUUCCAGUUCAUGCAUUGGACCACUUGGAGCAGCACUCGAUUUUAUCAAGCCCCAGGCUGCUGCAGGGUCUCCAACGGCCCACCUCACCAACGCAACGAUCCGAGCACGUCGUCCAGCAAGCACGCCGUCCCUUGUCUCAUUCAGCCAGCCUUUGUGUCCCAGGGGUCUCCUGCAACCGAUCUCCGAACACCCAGAGCGCUUCCGAGGGCGGGGGAGGUGAGCUCUAAGCCCUUUCGUCGACAGCACCCCCUUCCUCCGUUCACCGCUGCCACCAUCUUGAAGCAAAGGGUUGCUGUGUUUGUAAAAUGAAGAGUGAAUACUCAAUUGAAUCUUAUCUGUGGAACAUUGAAAUCCAUGCACUAGGCUUAGACUUAUUGUAGUUUUGUGGGUAAAGGAGUAAAAAGAAGAAAUUGACUCGUGCUUGAAAAGAAGAUAGACCAGGCUUCAAAGUAGCUUUAAAUAGAAUUUAAAAGCUUGAUGGUGAUGCUGAAGUCCAUCGCAGUUGAUGAGAAGCUGAAGUGCUUUACAGUGGAACCCACUAGCAUGAUGCAGGUUGAACAUAAUGGAAAUCCACACUGACAGAUGCACAAGCUGCUAUUUUAAGAUUUCUGUUUUUCCAAAGUGACACGUCAGUUAGAUGCUACUGUGUUGCAUCAGGAUAUUAUUGGGUAACCAUGGAUAUCGUGUCUGUUUGCAUAAAUAUGCAGAGCAUGUUCAAUUAUAGCUAUUAAUUGUCUCAAAAGAUAAGUGUCUAGUCAGAGUUCCCAGUUGUAAAACUCAAGCCUGCCGCUUCUAAGAAUUGUGAACUUGUCAACUAUGAAACAUUGUCUCCCACUAGCCUUGGAGUGACGGAGCCAGUUUUAACCAUUCCCCCAAAGUGGGAACCAGUAAGUUACUCACACAUUUUACACUCUACCCAAUGAAGUUAAUUGAAAGGAAAAUGGAGCAGAAUGCUACACAGGUGAUUACUUGACUGCUGAUGAAAACCAUGCAGAUGGCAACAGUUAGGAUCAGCUGAGAUGUGUCUGUACUUUCAUGACUUACCCUGAAAAUGCAUUGCUGUAUGGAGAACAAUGUGGUCAGAUUUUGUAAUAGAGUUAUAGUUUAUGGUGUAUAUUGUGCAUUAAAGUUCUAUAAAUAAAGCUUUGAAGAUGAGUGUCA